GUUGUGCGUAUGACGCCAUGCACGCAGGCGCGUAGGAUGUGACGCCCUGCUGACGUGUAUCUAGGGAAACAGAGGAAGUAGAUGGUGCUUCUUUGACAAAUGUUGUGAGAGAUCCAGUGGGAAAAGACAGUGGCAUGUCCUCUAAACACUGGAAUAACUGGAAUAAGAGACUGGAGCGCGUCCACUGACACAGUCCAGAGAUCACAGAGCAGCAUGGGCAAACGAAGAGCUCCUGAGCUGUACAGAGCCCCCUUCCCUCUCUAUACUGUGAAAAUCGACCCCCAGACCGGCCUGAUCAUCACCGCUGGAGGAGGCGGCGCGUCCAAGACCGGGAUCAAGAACGGAAUGCAUUUCCUGAGUCUGGAUCUGGUCGGCGGUGUGCACAGCGCCACCUUGCUGCACACUCAUGAAACGGACACGCGAGCCACCAUGUGCAUGUCUCUGGGUGGGGACGUGAUCGCCGCGGGACAGGACGCCAACUGCAGCUUGAUGAGGUUCAGUCACCACAUGGCCAAACUGGCAAAGAAACCUGUAGCCAAAGAUGGGGCUGGAGACAAAAGUGCACCCAGGAAGAGAGGCGGGAAAGGCCAGAACGGAGAUGGAGGAGGAGACGUGGCCCAGAUGAAGGAGGAUUCUCCUCAGAUGGUGGUGGGGGAUGUUGGAGCGGUGCAGGCCGACCUCAGCCUGCAGGACCCCUGUGUGAAGUGUGUGCGCUUCAGCGCCGACCUCACGCUUCUGCUGAGCGGCGGGGCCGACGGUUUCGUCCGAGUGUGGGAGUUCCCCUCUUUGAAAGAGAAGUUCAGCUUCAGAGCUCACAAGGAUGAGCUGGAGGAUAUAGACAUCAGUCCUGAUAACAAGCACAUUGUAACAGUAGGCCGUGAUUUCGAGUGCAGCGUGUGGAGCGGCGAUCAGCUGGCCGUGGGUUUGUGUUGGCAUGAAAACAUGCCUCAGAUCACAGAGAAGAUGUACCGCUACAAGUCAUGCAGGCAAGUUGUGCACUUCCUGACAGCUGCCACUUUCCAUGAAAAGGCUUAA